CAUUAAACUGCCAGCCAAUGUCCUGUACGUUCCAUCUGAGAGAUAAACUUGAACUGCAUGCUCUCAGGCUGAGGAAUGCACAAGCACCGUCCCGGCGAGGUUGAUUCUUAUCAGCUUGAAGGGGUGUCAGGGUAACGGGUUAUAUAAGAAACAGACUGAAGUUUGUCAGUCACAGGAAAGCAAGCUGCCAUGGCACCGCGUUUGGGGAUCUUUCUGAUUUGGGCUGGCACGUCUGUAUUUCUACAACUGGACCCUGUGAAUGGAGAUCAGCAGCUGUCUGAGAACACCACUGUUCCUUUCGCAGUUACCCCAGAUCAUGAAACUCUGAGAGCUGAAGAAGCGAACAAUGCCUUUCUUCUUUCAGGUAAUGGAUGUGUUUUCCCAUUCAUCUAUGGAGGGAAAACGUAUUUUGAUUGUGCUAUCCGUGGUUCCAUAUUCCGUUGCUGUGCUCUAAAUGUGGAUUAUAUAGGAAGAUGGAAAUACUGUACUAGGAAAGACCAUGCCAAACGUACCUUUCCCUUUAUCUAUCGAGGCAAAAUAUACGAAAGUUGCACAAAAACUGGGAGUAUUUUUUGGAGGCGUUGGUGCUCACUCUCUCUAAACUUUGACCAGGAUAGAGCUUGGAGGUAUUGCUAGCAAUAAAAAAGACUGUGUUCAAUUACUGUCCAGUGCAUCCACCCGUGGCCUUGGAUGCAAUCAAGCCUUUGAAACCUCAGUGAAGAAAAUCAAGAAAUCUCAAGCGUGAAGGUGAUGCUCUGAGUGACAGAGGUGAAAUCCUUUCCCUGCAUCUCCACCAUCUUCCCGCUGUGUGGGGAUCCAGUCGAUAAACCACUUUCUCUGC